AUGUCAUCCAGAUUCUCGGCUGCGCGCCCAAAACGGGCCGGGGAGGCUUUCGCACGAGCUCAUCACGGAGAAGAGCGCGACGAGCGCGACGAGGGAGGCCCCACAUCCAAAAAGGUCAAAUUCGAUGUCCGCAACCCAUCUGCGCUGGCACCGAGCGCACGAGACGACGAAGACGAAAAUGACAAUGUCCUUGACGCAGACGUCAUUGCCGCUUCCGGAAGGGCGACAAAGCGCGGUGCGGUGAAUAUCGACGGUUACGACUCGGAUUCCGAGAAUGAGACAUUCAAUACCAGGGCCGAGGCCAGGGGCAAAAAGGGGAAGGAGGCUGAGGAUGUAGACUUGGCGGAGGUGAUGGACAAUUACAAUUCCAAAGCUGGUGCCGGCGGUGGCGAUGAGGAGGAUGAUGAAGUGGACAUGUUUGGCGAUGCCGACGCCGACGACAACCUUGCGACGGGCGGCGGCAAAUCGGGAAAGAAGGACAAGCAAGUCCGCUUUCUCGCAGACAAGGAGAUCGAGGGCCAAGAAACGACCAGCAAGAGUGGCGGCACUGUACGGAUAGACGGAAAUCCGGAUAAUGACGAGGAAGACGACGACGACGAUGAUGACGAAGAGGUUGUCGCGCUCGCCAUCGCCGAAGAAGGCGUGGACGAAGAGGUCGGCCUUGGCGGCCUCAAGAAACACGCGCCCAAGAUCGACGCCUUCAACAUGCGGGAGGAGCAGGAAGACGGUGCGUUCGACGAGGCAGGUAACUUCGUCCGGAAGGCGGCCGACGCAGACGCAGUGCACGACCGUUGGCUGGAGGGUAUCAGCAAAAAAGAGAUGAAGAAGGCCGCCGCAGCCCACGAUAAGCGCGAAGCUGAACUGCGGAAGCAGCAGCGCGAGAACGACAGCUUGUUGACGGGCGACUUGUUCAAAGAGCUCAUCAUCCGGCUAGAACCGGGCGAAACGGCUUUGGAUGCUCUGGCGAGGCUUAGGAAGAGCCAGACAAAUAAGAACAAGUCCAAGAAAAUACCCAAAUGGAAACAGAAGAAGGCGAAGGCAAAGAACAACGGCGGUGAGGGAGGGGACGCCAUGGAUGUGGAUUCUGAAAAGGGACCCGAAGAUCCGAAGCAGGCCAAGAUCAAGGACGCAAUCAAUGCUAUUGCCGACGCAGCAGACAAGUUGAUGCAGAGAGACUACCCCAAUAUUUAUGAUAGGGAACGGGAGCGACUCAUAAGAGAGUAUCGCAAUGAGACUGGGGAAGCUUGGGUGGAGCCACCGGAACCAGACGAGACCGAAGGUGGCGGGGGAAUAGGGGAGGAUAAGCUGUGGGAGUUCCGCUGGACAGACGGGCGGGACGACGCUGCUAAACAAGGCCCCUUUGACGGUCCAACUAUGAAGGCAUGGCAAGAUGCUGGCUAUUUUGGCGAGGGCGUCGAGUUUCGGUUAGCAGGAGGGGAGGGCGGAUGGACGAGGGUUGCUACGUUUGUGUAA